CGCUGGAAAAGACACACAUCUGCUGUGGAGUGCUAAACCUGGCCGAAAUGACUGCCAAGAUAAUAGUAUUUCAUUUCUCUCCUAUUAUUCCCGGAGAGGAAAAGUCAUACAGCCCUUUUGUGUUUGAAUAUUUUUGCCUUCUCAAAUCCUAUAUGACGUUGCUAUCAAAGAUGUCCGAUACUACUUUUUUUUCCCAGACCGAUACUAUUACUACAACUCGAAUGUCGUCGUUUGUAUCUGAAGAUUUUUUUUUUUUUGGUUGAAAGGGACUCGAGUUAUCUAUUUAUGGACAGUAUGAAGUUUCAGUCGGACUGGAACCACAAAGCAAGGAGAUCAGAUAGCCUGCUCAUAAACGUGUGGAUGGAUGAUUCAUGUGGAUGGAAUGAGAGGAUAAUGAAGAUCUUUUCAUCUAUUGCUUCAGAUCACAAAGAUCGCAAAGACUUUAUUUGUUUGCGUUUUUUAGUCCAACAUCUGGUAGCCACACAAUUUGGACAACCGACUUCUCGGGAAUUUUAUUGAUAUUCUUCCUUUUUUGAUUCAAGACAUUACAGGAACCACUCAAGUGCUUCAGGUCAAAAGUCUUCUCAGUAUUUUUUUUAACUCAAACGCUCCCGUCCUCGUUCUCAUCCCUCGCAGUUGCGAUACAAGCAUGAAUAAAUUCAAUUAGUCGGGAUUCGGGGCUUAUUCCCGUGAGCUAAAGUGAGUUUAAUCUUCUGAAAGAGCUGAUUUUCCUCCUUGCCAGUGUUAUGUUCUGGCAGUGGCGGCAAUAAAUGAAAAGUUAAGCUUAUUCUUGGCUAGCAAUAAGAAGCUUAGUAAGGCUGAGGGGAAAGGAUGAAUACGGAAUCGCAUAGAUUUGCGAUAUUUUGUGUCUUGGUGUGUGUUGGAUUGGGGAAAACAGGAGCAAGGAUGCUUGUUUGGGAUUCUGGUUCCCCGUCCACUUGGACUUAGAUCGCAAACCAGCUGUAUUAUUCAUCAAGUAAUAAUUCUUCAAAUGUGGUCCGACUGGUAAGUUUGCUCAAUGCAGGAAAAUAAUUGUAGCCAGUUUAAAGGCCAAAGGGAUGACUCAGCAAACUGUCACAGCAAGCUGCUAGGCUCUUGGGUAUACAUGAGGACACAUUCACCUGAUGACCUUCGGUCGGUGCAGUAUUGCACUACGUCAUACCGAGAGGUGAUUUUGAUUCUGAAAAUGUUCGACUUCUCGCGGCUACGCCGUCGACUUCUGGAUACAAGGGGUGGAUCGCACAGGAUGUUGUCGCAGCACGUGCGGGCGACAAGAUCUGGCGGGACACGAAUAACAACACGUUCACCUCCGUUGCACCUCUAACCCCCCGCUGUGAGAGCUGCAUCUGAUCCAGAGGCACCUGAAGAAUUCACAACUCGGGCCAAAGAGGGACGGGACGGUUCUUGCCUCGUGCGCACCCCCCCCACCCUUGUCACCUGACCACUCCAAACGGCGCUUCCACGCGCAUAGAGAGAAAAGACGAGCUGCGUGGCGGUAAAUGUCAACAAACACGCGCGGCUGAACAGCAGGGGGGAGGAGAAAGAAGAGAGAAAAAAAUCUUUCUUUUUUUGCGCGCGUAAGUUGAGUCAAUCUUGAGCGGUCGGUCUCUCCACACAGACGCCGCCGCAUGCACGAUGAGGCUGGGAAGCAUCUUUUUAGUCGUGGCUCUUUGCUCCUUUAGCGCUUAUUAUAUUUACGAGCCCAUUCCUGAAAAUAUAGACGAGAGAUGGAAACUCAUGCUGACCGACACUUUCUUCAGAAGUCUCAGCCACCUGGCAGAUUUCAGUGAAUUAAUAGGUCUGAAGGACUACAUGGGAGUAAUGUACGUUAUCACCUUGCUUGAAAACAUCGCACCGGUUUCCGACGAACACAUCAACGUGACGGUGGAGGCGUUCGACGGGGUGGAGGUGCUGCUUUACCAACCCAAGCAGCAAAGUGGCGAGAUGGAGCUCAGGAGGGCUCUCAUAUACCUGCACGGCGGAGGAUGGUGUCUGGGGAGCUCACAUAUGGGCCCGUAUGAUUUCCUGGCCAGAAAAGUGGCUACUGAGCUAAACGCUGUCAUUCUCUCCGUAGAGUACCGCCUUGCCCCUCCUCACCACUUCCCUGUUCCGUAUGAGGACGUAUAUCGUGUUGUCAAGCACUUUCUCCAGAUAGACGUGCUCGCCCAGUAUUCUGUAGACCCGGGCCGAAUUGCGGUGUCCGGUGACAGCGCCGGGGGGAACCUGGCAGCCGCUGUGUCCCAACAGUUACUGAAGGACCCAACACAAAAGGUUCAGUUCAAAGCCCAAGCCCUCAUCUACCCUGUGCUCCAGGCACUGGACCUGAACACGCCAUCUUAUCAGCAGAAUCAAGACAUGCCCAUUUUACCACGUACCCUCAUGGUACGGUUCUGGAGCGAGUACUUCACCAGCGACAGGGCAUUUUUCAGAGCCAUGAUGGCCAACGCCCACAACAACCCAGAGUCUUCCAGCCUGUUGAAGUUCGUCAACUGGAGCGCCUUCCUGCCUGAAACGUAUCACGGAAAAUACAAUUACAGCGCCCCGGAAGUAGCGCAGGGAGAGGCGGGGCUAUCGUUUGAAUCUUUAUCCGACCCGAGGGCGUCCCCGUUGCUGGUUCCGGACGCGGCUUUGCGCGGUCUACCCAAAGCCUACAUCAUGACAUGCGAGUACGACGUCCUGAGAGAUGACGGGAUUAUGUACGCCACGCGACUGCGCGCCGCUGACGUGGAAGUGACGCACGAACACUACGACUCGGGAUUUCACGGAGCCAUUAUGUUCACCGUGUGGCCGACGGACUUCCGCAUCGGUCACCGCAUGACGGACAACUACAUCAAAUGGCUCAAGGAAAACUUGUAA